AUGGCCGCAACCUUUCUGCCUGCCCCUCGGCACAAAUACGAGGUACACGCAGACGAAGGCCUCAGUUCCCUGCUUCCGCCGGCGCCAAAGCACAAGGUGCCCCCCUACGGGCAGCGACAGAGCUUUGUGCCCCGCGCGCAGGCGGACUUCGGCGAUGGAGGAGCAUUCCCGGAGAUCCAUGUCGCCCAGUUUCCUCUCGAGAUGGGGCGUCCCGCCACGAAGAAGGCAGGAGCGGCGGCUGGGGGAGGUGGAGGGGUGGGAGGUACUUCUGGCCUAGGCGACAACUCUGGUUCGACCGCCAUCGUGGCCGUGGACGUGGAUGAGAACGGCAAGGUGAAGCACGACGCCAUCGUGAAGCAGGGCACGAACCGGGACAAGAUCGUGUACUCUCAGCUGUCGAACAUCAAGGAGAAGAGGGGCGACGUGGAGAAGCUGCAGGCCCCCACGGCCGACGAGGAGGCCUUGACAGCGGAGCGCACGAGGCAGGCCUUCGAGAAGCUUAUAGGUGCCAAGGUGACCUCGGCCACGCCGGGCUCCAUCGGGGACCAGACCCGCAAGGAGGCCGAGUUCAUCAAGUACACCCCCAACCCCAACGCCCCGGGCUACAACAACAACGCCAAGCAGAGGGUCGUUCGCAUGGUGGCAGCGCAGGUUGACCCGAUGGAGCCCCCCAAGCACAAGCACAAGAAGGUGCCGAGGGCACCCGCCGACGACCCGGUGCCGGUCCUUCACUCUCCUCCCAGAAAGGUGACGGUCCAAGACCAGCAGGCAUGGAAGAUUCCUCCGUGCGUUUCCAACUGGAAGAACGCCCGCGGUUACACCAUCCCGCUCGACAAGCGUCUCGCUGCCGAUGGAAGGGGCUUGCAGGAGAACACCGUCAGCCCAAACUUCGCGACCCUGUCGGAGUCGCUCUACAUCGCCGAGCGCAAGGCUCGCGAGGAAACGAGGCUGCGCGGCGAGAUGCUCAAGCAGGUGGCGAUGCGCGAGAAGGACCAGAAGGAGGCGGACCUGCGAGACCUGGCCUCGCGCGCGCGUCUGGAGAGAGCGGGCAUUGCACGAGGUGGGGCCCAGGACGACGAUUCAGACGACGACGAGGGGGCUCCUCGUCCCUCGGGUGCAGGAGACGCACGGUACGGCGGGGGCGGGGGUCGCGGGGGCGGCGGGGGCGGAGGCGGAGGGGGUGGCGCGAUGGGCGACGAGGAGAGGGUGGCCGCGGAGCAGCGCGAGCGGUUGCGGGCGGAGAGGAAGAAGGACCGCGAGAGGGAUCUUCGGAUCGAUAACAUGAGGGGGGGCAUGAAGAAGCAGAAGCUGGACAAGGAGAAGGACCGAGAUAUCUCGGAGAAGAUUGCGCUGGGGAUGCACAAGGGGGGCGGAGGCAAGGGCGGCGCGGACCUGUACGACGCCCGCUUGUUCAACCAGUCGGCGGGCAUGGACUCGGGCUUCGGCGCGGAGGACGGGUACGGCGUGUACUCGAAGCCGAUGUUCAACCGCGGCGAGGCGCAGUCCGUGUACAAGCCGAAGACGGACGACGGCGACGCCUGGGGGGACGCGGACCAGCAGAUGAGCCAGCUGACGGGGACGGAGCGCUUCCGCGCCGACCGCGGCUUCAAGGGUACGGAAAGCGGGGCGACGGGAGCCAGAAAUGCCCCCGUCCAGUUCGAGGCGGACCCGGCAGAGGCCGACCCGUUCGGGCUCGACGCCUUCCUCAAGGACGCCAAGAGCUCGAAGAAGAAGUAAAUUGUCAAGUCGUGCUUCUUUUUUGCAUGGCGGGAUGGAGAAAAUACUUUUGUUGUCGUGCUGUCUGAUGGUACUUCCGUUACAGCAACUCGGGAAGAAGGCGGGUGUCACGGUGAAAGUCUUUGUUGCGGGAAAUGUGUGCUGCGUAGGUGUUUUGGCGAAAACGCGGGCGAAUGACAAUUAGCCUAAAUACUGUAGCCGGACGGCAACUUACAAGUUUGCGUAUUUUUUUUUCUGUUAUUGUUUUUCGUGGUGCAGGGAUGUAAUGUAAACGAAUCGACGGCGCUACAGCCAUGUUCUCAGU